AAUUUGCUCAGCACAGGGCAAACAGAGAUGGAUUUAGUGAACAUGUAGGUUAGUAGACCAGGAAGUAAACUGAGGCUGGAAAAAUGUGUAACUAGGACAGCAAACUUGUCAGGAAAGAAACCUUUUGUGUUUGUUUUUUCUCUGCUGUUUUCUUGAAUACUGGUGAUGCUUAACAAUUAUGAAAAUGAACUGGGUGGUGGUGCCUGCUUUUAAUCCCAGCACUUGGGAGGUAGAGGCAGGUGGAUCUCUGUGAGUUCGAGUCCAGCCUGCUCUACAGAGCGAGAUUCAGUACAGGCACCAAAACUACACAGAGAAACCAUGUCUCUAAAAAAAAAAGAAAAAAUAUGAAAAUAAGCAUGCUAUAGAUAUAUCAUAACAAUUCUGAUCUGAGUGUCUGGGCUCAUAGGUGAAAUCUCAGCACCCAGGAGGCUGAAGCUGGAGGACUGAUGCUGGUUGUUGGCAAAUGUAGGAUAAAUGGUGAAUCUCAAGCCAGCUUCAGUCACAAAGACAAACUUAUUCCUGAAAAAAAUAAGAAAAUAGAAUUCUUUCUGCACACACUGCUAGCUCAGUUAGAAAGGACUGAGAGAAAGUGCUGGGUCCUUUAUUUCUCUGACCUCUGGAGAACACAUGAAUUGUCGAAUGUGUGGCAGAGCCUAUGAGCCUUCAGGAUCAGCUUUCAAACUGAAGCUGCUUCUUCAUUUUCACAGUCAUUGUCUUCACUAGAGUACAGACUUGCAGAUCAUAAGGAAUCAUAGAAGUACAAAGAAAAGAUAGGAACCCAACAAAACUCAGGUCUGCAUCUCUAAUUUAUUUGCUCUUUUUUUCAAGAAGUCUUUGACUAGGGUACCAGUGUAGUUUUAUGACAUCACUCUACCUCUCAGCCCACCAGUACCUGAAUGGUCUUUUGGUCUUUAUGAUGCUGACAAACUUAAUUUUCCUCAGUGUCCAGUAUCUCUGACCCUGGACAUGUGGGUUUUUUGUUUCAGAAUCCAGACAGUGUUUUUGUCUCUUUAUCUGAUUCUUAUAACUGUGUUUUUAUUAUCUUCCCAACAAUGUCUGGUGAUAUUCUCACACUUUGGCUCACAGACCAUCAGAGCUGUCCAGAUAUUAAAGGACCUUUCAUUGCUGGAGCUCCAAAGAAGAUCAGGAGCACCAUUCGCAGACAUAACAAUGCCACUCUUCUGACCCAAGAGCAGUUCCAACUUUUAAGCUCUCUGGAGAAUAUUUACAUCAAUAAUAACAUUUCCUGGAAAUCUUACCUUGAACUGAAGACCUAUCAGAUAAAAGCAGAAGUCCUGCUAAAUCAAGGCCUCACAGAGGAAGCACUUGUGAUGUAUCACAAAUUUUCAACACUCUUUAUGGAGAAACUCAGAAAAGGCCCGAAUAAGUGUCUUUCAGCUCGAAUAAGAUCCAAAAUCAACAAGACUAUAAAUAACAUUAAUGAAAAAGUUAAGAGCCUUAAAUUCACACUCCGAAGAAAUCAUACUAAGGAGUAUGAAGUCUACAUAGAUAAGAAGAAAAGAAAAGAGGAAGAGGCAAAAAACAAGGCGUUCUGGAAGCAUAGAAAAAAUCAUGGACAAAACUCCCGAGACUUCCCCAAAUUCAGCUCUCUUCUACAAAGACUUAUGAGUCGUGGAAAGGUGGGCCCCAGCCUGACACCAACAUCUACAAAGUCUGAAGAGCCUUCAGGAGGAAGCACACCUGUGAAACAAACAGUGGUGUGUGGCCCACAGGAAGCCAUCGAGGAGAUAACCCCCACCCCUUCAGCAGACACUCUUGGGGAGACUAAGGUGGUGAAAAGCCCAGUUCCGAACUCCAAAGGCCUCCGCCCUGUGAUCCUUCCAAAAGACUUAUGGGAUAGGUUCCUGCUUUCUGCCAAAAACAACACAAAAAAAGGAGUGGAAACAUGCGGAGUCUUAUGUGGUACCCUGGUAAAGAUAGGAAAGCUCCUUGUUCUGAGACUGUUUCUUCCCCCUUGGCUUCCUAUGACUCCCAGAAAACAUAUCCAGGGGCUGUGUCUAUACUUAUCACUCCACAGAAGGAACCAUGGAUGACAAGGCCUGGCCACC